UCUCUUUUCAUAUCACUAGAAUAUUCCAUGUAUUUAGUACACAUGACCAGAUGCUAUUAAUGACACACCUGGUGCGGAUUUUUUAUAUAGCGCCUCAAAGCUUCUUCUUUUCAAAAGUAUUCUUUACCUUUUUUCUUUCUUUUUUUGUGUAUUUAACCAAUCGGACACAGCUGCCCGGCACCUGCCAGUCUAACGCAGCCUUUAAGGCGGCAGAGCGAGCGCCUCACACGUGAAAGCCAUCAUGUCCAGUCCAAGGCGGAGAAGGUGGGGCGGCACACCUCACAGCCCGUAGGACAGGAGGAGGGAGAGCAUCGCAUCGCAUCUCGGCGGGGGGACUCGAGCGGCAUCUCCUCGAUGAUUCCUUACAAAAAAACAAUCACGCUGGGCUUGAGACAGAUAGAGGGAGGGAGAGAGAGAGGAAGAGAGAGCGAACAGCCUCGGCGGUGAGAUCACGCUCGCCUGCUUCCUUCCUUCCUUGAGUGAGAGCGCAGCGGCGACGGAGCGGAGCGGAGAGGAGAGGAGAACAGAGCAGAGCAGAGAGGAGAGGAGCGGCGUGGGCAGCGGCAGUGCAGAGCGCAGCUACUCGGUGUGAAGCGCUACGAGCAUGGGGCUGUGCGAGUAGCCGUGUUCGCUGGAUCAGCUCUCUCUUUCUCUCGAGGCAGGGAUGUCGGGAUCGCUGUGUAAAACUCUGUACGCUUUCACCGGCGAGCAGCACCAGCAAGGGCUGCGCUUUGAAGCCGGCGAGAUCAUCAAAGUUGUGCAAGUGCUGGACGGCGGCUGGUGGGAAGGCGAGAAGGACGGGCUGCGAGGAUGGUUCCCUGCCAGCUACGUGCAACUCUUGGAGAAACCAGUCUUCAUGAACCCCGUAGCUGACGACGAGCCCGGCUGCGGCCCUCUCCCCGAAGGCUGGCAGUGCUACAUGUCCGCCCAGGGUCGCCGGUACUACGUGAACAACUUCACCAAGGAAACGACUUGGGAGCGGCCAUCAGGCUCACCGUGUAUCCCCAAGAGCCCACUAUCGAUGAAGAGCUCCAGUCCUGCAGUUAAUGGCUAUCACACAUCGGGGAGCCCAUUGCACCAAGUGGAGCAGGCCCACCUCACCUUGCGGAAGAGCAGCAGCAUCGACCAGCAGAGCCCGGGGUCAACAUCUCCCUCAAGAAAACAGAACAAGGAGACCACCAUUACGAUCAACUGCGUGACGUUUCCACAGCUGAUUGCGGUGCCCGAGCAGCAGCUGCUGAAGCCGAACGAGUGGAGUUACUGCGACUACUUCUGGGCUGACAAAAAGGACGCGCAGGGCAACAACGUCAUCACGGGCUUCGAGGUCCUCCUGCAGAAGCAGCUCAAAGGGAAGCAGAUGCAGAAAGAAAUGGCCGAGUUCAUUCGGGAGAGGAUAAAAAUCGAAGAGGAGUACGCAAAGAACCUUUCAAAGCUUUCGCAGAUACCUCUGGCCGCUCAAGAAGAAGGCACACUGGGAGAGGCCUGGGCACAACUGAAGAAGAGCCUGGCAGACGAAGCAGAGGUCCACGUGAAGUUCUCCUCAAAGCUACAAAGUGAGGUGGAGAAGCCAUUGCUUUCAUUCCGUGACAACUUCAAGAGGGACAUGAAGAAGUUUGACCACCACAUCACCGACCUGCGGAAACAGCUAGCGAGUCGCUACGCCGCGGUGGAGAAGGCAAGGAGGGCGCUGGCCGAGAGGCAGAAAGAUCUGGAAAUAAAGACCCAGCAACUGGAGGUGAAGCUGAGCAACAAAACCGAGGAGGACAUCAAGAAGGCCCGGCGGAAAUCCACGCAGGCAGGGGAUGAGCUCAUGCGCUGUGUGGAUUUCUAUAACCAGGCUCAGUCGAAGUGGUUUGAAGAAAUGGUGACGACAACUUUGGAGCUGGAGCACCAGGAGGUGGACCGGGUUGAGGUCAUCCGGCAGCACCUGCGCCAGUACACCCAGCUGCGGCACGAGACCGACAUGUUCAACCAAAGUACCGUGGAGCCAGUGGAUCAGCUGCUUCAGAAGGUCGACCCCGCCAAAGAUCGAGAGCUCUGGGUGAAGGAGCACAAGACGGGCGAAAUCCGGCCGGUGAACAUGGAGAUAUAGACUGUCGUCUCGUCCCGACGAGACCCACUUCAGAGCACAGCACUCCGAGACAGAAGCGCGCCGGCCAUCCAAGUCUGCCGGCUGCCUGCUGGAUUCUAUUUCAAGCAAAAUUGGAAGCAGACUGGUAAAGCACACCCUGGUGACUUCAUCCCUUAACUUGAAGGACGCAUUGGGCCAAAUAAACCCCGUUAUCACGGA